GGUGAUAGUCUUGUUGCUAACACCGGGACCUGGGUCUGGACUUGCGUGGGGAGGCGGUUCGGAUGGUAUAUAGAUGGGCUUCGGGGCGGCCUCACAAGAGAAGUUUUCCAUGCUGAACCAUCCCUCUUGGUCUUUACUUCUUGUUUCCACUUCUGACCGACAGCAUAGGCUCUGUCUGGUCCUAUAGACUUCUUUCCGCCAGCUUUGGCACGCAGUACUGAAAACACCACACCGGGUUGAUCCCCCCACCACCACCACCAUGAAGACGGUCCUCAUCAGCUCGCUCUUGACGGCCUUCCUCCGCACCGCCGCCGCGGUCGGAGUGACUGGGUCCGCCGAGGGCUUCGCCAAGGGCGUCACGGGCGGCGGCAGCGCCACCCCCGUGUACCCGUCCACCACGGCCGAGCUCGUCUCGUACCUGGGCGACAGCUCGGCGCGCGUCAUCAUCCUGCAGAAGACGUUCGACUUCAGCACCUCUGAGGGCACCACCACCGAGACUGGUUGCGCUCCCUGGGGCACCGCCUCUGCCUGCCAGUUGGCCAUCAACCAGAACGGCUGGUGUGACAACUACCAGGCGACGGCCAAGAAGGUCACCGUCAAGUACAACAACGCCGCCACGCUCGGCAUAGUUGUCAAGAGCAACAAGUCCAUUGUUGGUGUCGGCUCCAAGGGCAUCAUCAAGGGCAAGGGUCUCCGCAUCGUCAGCGGUGCCAGCAACAUCAUCAUCCAGAACAUCCACAUCACCGACCUCAACCCCAGCCUGGUAUGGGGUGGCGAUGGCAUCACCAUCAACAACUCCGACAUGGUCUGGAUCGACCACGUCACCACCUCGCUGAUGGGCCGCCAGCAUAUCGUGCUCGGCACCUCGGCCAGCAACCGUAUCACCAUCUCCAACUGCGACAUUGACGGCACCACCUCGUGGUCGCCCAACUGCGACACCUACCACUACUGGGGCGUCUACUUUGCUGGAUCCAGCGAUCUCGUCACCUUCAAGAACAACUACAUCCACCACACCUCGGGCCGCAGCCCCAAGUUGGCUGGCAACACCCUCCUCCACGCUGUUAACAACUACUGGUAUGACAACAACGGCCACGCGUUCGAGAUCGACUCCGGUGCCAUGGUCCUCGCCGAGGGCAACAUCUUCCAGAACGUCAACACCAUUGUUGAGGCCGGCGCCGCUGGCAAGCUCUUCAGCAGCCCUACCACCAGCGCCAACACUGUCUGCAAGUCCUACCUCGGCCACAACUGCGAGGUCAACGGCUUCGGCAGCUCUGGCACUCUGACCGGCAGCGACACCUCCUUCAUCUCCAACUUCUCCGGCAAGAACGUUGCCGCCGCCACCACCUACACUGUCGCCAAGACUGUCAAGGAUACUGCUGGCUUUGGAAACAUCUAAGCGCUAUGAAGGAGCGUAAUUGAGUGGGGGACAGCCACUGGUCGGGACCAGUAUUCAUUCCAUGUAUUUAUUACUCGCACGGCCGAGAUGUAGGCCUAUUUGUCAAUAUUAAAGUAUGCCUUAACUUGAUUGUCGUAAUUGCAAGUGCUGAAAUUGUCG